ACUCGUGUUCUAAUGAUAAACCUUGAACGAAAAGUAGAUUUAAUUUUAUAGCACAGCCCACAGGGGCCAUGGCUAUAAAGCAAAAGCAUACUUCAAUUAGUUCAAUUCUUGACUCUUCUAGUGGUAGUAUUAUAAUUUUGGAAUAAUCAAAUAUCGAAUUAAAGUUUAUUAUGACCUGUGUUAUGACUGAUUAAUAUCAUCGCUCAUUAAUAUUUCUCUUUCUCUAUAAUUGUGUUUUAAUCCGUUUUGUUCCGUAUUCAUCAUAUUUAUGAUUCAUUAAAUUUAUUAUUAUUAUCGAUGGAGUUGAAUGAUUAUUACAGUUCUCAUAAAAGUAGCUCGAAUGAAGAAGAAGCAUUACUAAAGCGUUUAAUUGCUCUGAAAAAGCAACUAGAUGAUGAUGAUGAUGAUGACGAUAAACCGAAAUUACAACGGACUCUUAAUAAUAUCAAAGAAAAUAUUGUUACUAAUAAAAAUAUUAAAUCAACAUCAAAAUUUAAGUACUGCAAGGAUAAUAAUCAUACAGCUAAUAAAUUCCUUUCUACCAAAAUAGAUAAUCGUAAUUUUACUAACCAACAAAGUAAAAUUAAGCAAAAUAGCUUAUUUGUUAAGACUAAUAAUUCUUCUUCUAAAGUGUAUACCAAACAAAAUGUGCUACAUUUCACUCCUGUCAAAACUAUUAUAAACAAAAAAAAUCCUGAAAUCUCAAAUAAUACUCAAAAUAUCAUAAAAUAUAAUUCAGAAAUUAAUGAAAUUUUGAAAAAUAGCGUUGUUAAUAAUUGCAAUUUAUCGUCAAAUGAAACAAGUUGUUAUGAAACUUCUGAUGUUUCACAAAUAUUGCAUAAUGUUGAUAAAUAUAUGAUUAAUGUUCAAGAUUAUUUAACUUCAUCAAAAUAUGUCGUUGAUAAAGAAGUAAACUCUUCAUCAGCUAAGAAAACUAAUCAAUCAAAAAAUGUUCAUGUCAAUAGGAAAUUUCAAAACCAGUUAAUUUCUAAUAAUUUGUUAAACUCAAACUUAAAAAAUGUAUCAAAUUCUUUAGCAUCUAUUAAUAAGUCAACAAGUAUCAAUAAGAAAAAAAUAAUAAAGAAAUUGUCUGGAAAAAUAAUUGGAUCACCUAAUCUUGUAAAGAUAGGUAACACAAAAUUAAUACGUCAAUCAUUAUUUAGAAAUAAAUGGAAAAUCAACAAUAAACUUAAUUGUAUUGAAAAUAAUACAACUGAACGUAAACCACUCUCAACUUUACAAUGUCCGACAUCAAAUACAUUAAUACCAUCUUAUAAAAAAAUAGAAUGGACUAAAGUUACUAACUCAGCGCCUGUACUUAAAUCUAAAUUAUCUAGCUCUAGUAAUAUUAAUAAGUUAAAAUGGACAAAACCCAGUAUAUUAUUGGUUAAUAACGUGAAAAAUAAUACCCAUCCUUCAAUACCAAAAGCUGAUAAAUUAAUUUUAUUUGGCAAGAAUAAAAUAAUUAGACAAUCAUUAAUAAAUCCAAUACAGUCAAAAACCAAAUCUUAUAUGCUUAAACAUCUCUCACAUAGAUUUGCUCUAAUAAGGAAAUUACAACAAAAAAACAUUGUUGCUAAAAUAAAAACUGUUACAAACAAUGAACAAGUUAAAAAUAUGUUAUUGAAAAAUACUGUAAUUAAGCCAAUUGAAAUUAAAAGAAAUGGAAAGAGGUCGUAUUCCGUGUAUUCAUAUAUAAAUCCAAUAUUGAGAUCAAAAACAAAUAGUAUUAAGUUGGAAAAAACCGGAUCCACUGAUAAUAAAAUACGGUUGCUUAACAUUUCUAAUAACAAACCUCAACAAAAUUUGAAAAUUAUAAAUAAUGAAAAAAAUAAAAUUCAAAAUUUAAGUUUAACAAAUAAUAAAACCCUCCAACGGCUCAAAAGUAAAAAAACACUUACCAAACAGCUCUGUCUUAUAUUUAAUCGAUUUGGUGUUUGUUCUAAAUUGGAUCAAGGAGAAUGUGAUAAACGUCAUUACAAAAAAUACAUCAUCUUAUGCACAAAGUUUCUAACAGGAGAAUGUCUUAAAGAGAAUUGUACAUUAUCACAUAAUAUUGUGGAAGAAAAAAUUCCAUUUUGUAAGCAUUAUUUAAAUAGUGUUUGUGUUCAAUUAAAUUGCCCGUACUUACACGAGUAUAGAAGUAAAAACACUCCUAUUUGUAAAAAAUUUCUUGACGGUUCAUGUAAUUGGGGAAAAAAAUGCCCUAAAAAACACUUGAAUCUAUGUCCAAUUUUUGAAACAAAGAAUGAGUGUCCACAUGGUCAAAAAUGCUUAUACCCUCACAUUCAAUGUGAAGAGAAAAAUACCGUUGUUGAAAUCAAUGAACCCAGAUACUUUGAGAUAUCGAUACCCAAUAGUAAUGAAUCAAAUGAAAACGAGUCCAUUCAUAUUGUACCCAAACGCCGCGCACCUUUAUUGGACUUACCAUCUUAUAUACCUUUGAAAAAACAAUAAGUUGUCUACAAUUUUGUAGAUUUACUUUUAGGGAAAUGUUCAAUAUCAAAAAGUCUGGUAUGUAAAAAGUUAUUAUUUUUAAUUUGUACAUGUGUACAUGGACUACAUGAUUAAAUAUCCAAUUAAAAUAAUUAUUGGUAAACAUGUUUUUAUACAUAUAAAUAUAUAUUUAUAUAUAUUUAAUAGAAGAAGACUGGUAUGUUUGUAUCAUAAAAUGUUUGUUAUUUUAUUUUAAGAGAAAAAUUUAAUAAUUGCAGGAAAAAAAAAUAUUUUUCUUAAGAAAUAUAUUUUUAUUGUACGUUUUUAUUUUUUUUAUUUAUUUUUUUUUUUAGAACUCAUAAUAAUUGUUAAAGUUGGUAUUUACUAUUAUUUAUUUUGUUGAAUAUGACAAUAUUGAAUUUAUGAUUUAAUUGAAUUCCCUUACGUUAAAUAUACAAUUAAUUAAUGAUUAAAAUUUUUUCUUUUAUAUCUGUAGAAAUCAAAAAUUUAAUGUAUUUUUAUUACAUUGAAUAAUCCAUGAACAUUUUUUUGUUUUCAGAGAUUUUGCAUUAAGAUGUAACAUUUUAAUGCUAAAAUUUUGCAUAAAAUAUAAGUUCAAAUUAUAUAAUGAUGUUCAAAAUUAUGAAAACUAAUCUACAGUUAGUUGACGAAAACUGCCAACCAUGUGAUGGUGAUUGUGGUUUGUCAACGCUGAUACUCGCCCUUGUCGUGCACCCUCACUAAACAUAUCCUCUCUUACCGACAUUUUUUCAUUUUUGAGUAUUUGUUCUCGUUUUUCUAACAAUUCUUGUUUCCAUAAACCUAUCAUAAUUGUUUAAAUAAAUAAAAUAUUGAUUACAAAA